AUGUUUAACUUCCGAUCGUUUGUGAUUUUGUGCUUUGUUGGGAUUCAAACGCAAUUUGCUUCCCAAGAUACGCCGUCACCACCACCACCACCACCAUCAUGUGAAGCAGUGGCAUGUGAAGGCUCCGAUAAAUUUUGUGAAUACAAAAUCGAUCCAAAAACGUGCGAAUGCAAGCCUUUUGUAUGCUGUUCUCCACCUUUCUGUCCCAAUGGGUAUGAAGUUUGCGAUUCUUGUACAAAUUGCAAGUGCAAAGAAGGAUGCCCUGAAGAGCCAUGCGACCAACCGAGUGACAUCUUCUGUUCAGCAACUCGUGACCCAACAACUUGUGAAUGUUUAACUUUGUGUUGUUCAGUAUUUUGUCCAAAUGGAAUUGACUGGGACAAUUGUCAUUCAUGCUCAGAUUGUGCUUGCUUACCAGAAAAAUGUCCCCGAGGCUGA